AUGCCUGAUGGUUCUUUCAUUGCAGGAAAGUUCCUGCAUGUCCUGGCAAUCAUAGCGGUGGUGGAUGCCGCGCAGACGUUUGGAGGAGAUUUCGGAAGCCCCUUCGAUGACAGCAUCCCGUUCCAUUCAGACGUAGACGACCCGUCCAUUGCCCAGACAAUCUUUGGUUCAGACAGUUUUGGGGCGACGGAUCUGCUGAACAUGGAUUCAGAAGAGCUGGCCCUGGACGGUGACGAGACAUGGAGAUCGCAGCCCAGAGCAAAUACUGGCACAAUUGAUCCUUUCACGUGUGUCGACACGACUCGGCGGUCUGCAAUUGCUUGUUUUGAUUUCUCCACGGCAAGCUGUGCGGCCUUCUUGGAGACCCCGUGUGACUGCUCCACAACGAGACCGAUCUGCGUUACGCAGUCCGGCAGCAAGGCAUCGCCUGCCUCGAACGACCGCCCGGAGCUGCAUUCCUGCUGCUCGAGGCCUGGGACUGCAUCAGAGGGGAUGUUGCUUGGCAAAGCCAGGGAAAGCAGCCCCUUCGCAAAGAAGAUCAUGGAGAAAGCACUCUCCUCUUGGGACACCAAAGAAAAGACCAAGUGUUUCAGCACAGCAAGAUCUGCACGAGGCACUGUCUCCCUCACAGAUUGCAAGACAAAGUGUUUGGAAGAGAAACGCGAGGUUGAACCGAAGGAGUGCGAUGCCAUCCUCUACAAGGAGAAGGGCAACGGAAAAGGGCUGUGCUUUGUGCUUUUCGGCUUGGAUGAGCCGUCAUGUGAAGAGAGUGACACAUGGAAAACCUUGGUUUACAAGAAGCCUCUUGGACCGUUCAACAGCGGAGAGUAG